AUGACAGAGCCAUUUCCGGAGGUUUCCCAAGACGGACUCGGACUAUGCACCCGUGCUCAGGCCUCGUUGGAACUUCGACCUGACGCUCAAUCAGAAUUCCGCCACACGCAGGACUUUAUUCAAGCGGAUGGAUUAUCACGACUCCCACAAAACCAGACGUCUACCCCAGAAGACAUGAUGAUUGCAGCUAUCACGUCCGACGCUGACACAUCGGGUACUGAACGACGCUAUUAG